AUGGCCUGGAAUUCUGUCUUACUCAUGCUGCUGGCCCACAUCACAGGUUGUGGCUCUCAGCCAAUGCUGCAUCAGCCACCAUCAGCCUCUUCCUCCCUUGGAGCCACCGUCCGUCUCACCUGUACCCUGAGCAGAAACCUUAACAUCCGCGUUUACAGCAUUUACUGGUACCAGCAGAGGCCAGGCCACCCUCCCAGGUUCCUGCUGAGCUACUUCUCACACUUAGAGAAGCACCAGGGUCCCAAGGUGCCCCCUCGCUUCUCUGGAUCCAAAGACAUGGCCAGGAACCUGGGGUAUCUGAGCAUCUCUGAACUGCAGCCUGAGGACGAGGCUGUGUAUUACUGCGCUGUGGGGCCCCGGAGGCAGGAAAAGGAGAAAGGAAUGGAAAGACUGUGGAGAGGAGAAAAGUAG